UCUCUCUCUGACGCAGAGUAUGGACAAAACACAAACUUGGUGUUGAAGAAACCGAUAGGAACCCCAAAAAACGCAGUGUUUUAUCAGAAAAGAAAAACCAAAGGAUCAUUCAACUAUGGCUUCUACUUCUACUACCUUACUUCCUUCUACUCCCUCCCAGUUUCUUGAUCGUUCCUCCUCGUCUUCAAGACACAAUCUUCAAUCUCUAUCGUUCUCCUCUUCGCCGACACUAGGAAACAGAAAACUAAACCCCUGUUCUGUUUCUUCCUCCGUUAAUAAAACUUUUUCAAUCUCGUCUUCUCUCCAGUCUCCGGCGACGUAUCAACCACCGUCUUGGAAGAAACUAUGCGACGACGUCGCCUCCUUGAUCCCCAAAACAAAGGACCAUAACCCAAAACUAAACCCGAUACAGAGAACCGCCGCUACGAUCAUAGACGCGGUGGAGAACGCCAUGGUCUCCCACGAGCGCCGCCGUCAUCCGCUCCCUAAAACGGCGGACCCCGCCGUGCAAAUAGCCGGAAACUUCUUCCCGGUACCGGAGCAGCCAGUCAGACACAACCUCCCGGUGACGGGAACAGUGCCGGAGUGUAUCCAAGGAGUCUACGUCAGAAACGGAGCGAAUCCGCUUCACAAACCGAUCUCCGGCCACCAUUUAUUCGACGGAGACGGUAUGGUUCACGCGGUUCGGUUUAAUAACGGUUCGGUUAGUUACUCGUGCCGGUUCACCGAAACGAACCGGUUUGUUCAAGAGCGAGAGCUCGGACGCUCUGUUUUCCCCAAAGCUAUAGGAGAGCUUCACGGACACUUGGGGAUCGCCAAGCUUAUGCUCUUCAACGCCCGUGGGCUAUUCGGGUUACUCGACCCGACCCGGGGACUCGGCGUGGCGAAUGCCGGUUUAGUCUAUUUCAACGGUCAUCUCUUAGCCAUGUCCGAAGACGAUUUACCGUACCACGUUCGAGUCACCCAAACCGGAGAUUUAGAGACCUCGGGCCGGUACGAUUUCGACGGUCAGCUAAAAUCGACAAUGAUCGCCCACCCGAAACUCGACCCGGAAACCCGCGAGAUGUUCGCUCUAAGCUACGACGUCGUUUCGAAGCCUUACUUAAAAUACUUCAGGUUCGCAUCGGACGGUCGCAAAUCCCCCGACGUCGAGAUCCCGCUCGAUCAGCCCACGAUGAUCCACGACUUCGCGAUCACCGAGAACUUCGUGGUGGUUCCGGACCAGCAGGUGGUGUUCAGGCUACCGGAGAUGAUCGGCGGCGGCUCUCCGGUGGUUUACGACAAGAACAAGAAAUCAAGAUUUGGCGUUUUGGACAGGUACGCUGAAGACGCCUCGUCGAUGAGGUGGAUCGAAGUGGAAGACUGCUUCUGUUUCCAUCUCUGGAACGCCUGGGAGGAGCCGGAGACGGACGAGAUCGUCGUGAUCGGGUCAUGCAUGACGCCGCCUGAUUCGAUAUUCAACGAACACGACCAAACACUUCAGAGUGUUCUGUCGGAGAUAAGACUAAACCUCAAAACAGGGGAGUCCACGCGUCGGCCGGUUAUCUCGGAACAAUUAAAUCUCGAAGCCGGUAUGGUGAACCGGAAUCUUUUAGGUAGAAAAACCCGGUUCGCUUACCUUGCUUUGGCCGAACCGUGGCCUAAAGUGUCCGGUUUCGCGAAAGUGGACUUAUCGACUGGAGAGGUUCAAAAGUAUAUAUACGGUGACGGGAGAUACGGAGGAGAGCCUCUGUUUAUGCCGGAGGGUUCCGGUGAUGACGCGGGAGAAGACGGUGGUUACAUUAUGGUGUUCGUUCACGACGAGGAGAAGGUUAAAUCUGAAUUACAAAUCAUAAACGCUGUUGAUCUGAAGCUUGAAGCUACGGUGACACUUCCAUCGAGAGUGCCUUACGGUUUCCACGGAACUUUUAUCAGUAAUGAAGAUUUAUUGAAGCAAGCUUUAUGUUAAUCCCAGAUUAACGUAUUUUUUUUUUUUAGUAGUUGUUAUAUAGUCUAUGUGAGAAUUGUUGCCUGAGGGAUAGAUUGUUGUGCAUUAUGAUAUCCCCGGGGUCGAAUCUCUCUAUUUUUUGUGAUAUAUAUAUAAUUUUAAUAUUUAAUCAAAUUAGAGGAUUAAUUACGAGCUGAAGCUGAGACAAAAGAGUUUAAUGACACUCGAGUAUAAAU